GACAGGACACUAUCCACUAUCACUUGGAGCGAAAAAUGCUAACGCUCAGAGGGUUUCUGCCCUCUUCUCUUUUCCCAAAUGUUUCAUUGGGUAUGCGUUGUGGCGAAACGAAUCAGUUAUUGUUUCCGUACAAUCUACACAGCCAGAUAGCCAAAGAAAGCAAAAGGCACAACGAUUUUCGACUAAAGGCUGGUUUGUGGGACUCUAUAAAAUCUGGGUUUAUGAAAAACAGUACAACACAAGUUAUUGAACCUCCUUCCACACUUGAGGAAGAGGAAGAACCUUUGCCUGAAGAGUUUGUUCUUGUUGAAAAGACUGAACCAGACGGAGUGAUUGAACAAAUAAUAUUUUCUUCGGGUGGAGAAGUUGAUGUUUAUGAUCUUCAAUCUCUAUGUGACAAGGUUGGCUGGCCUCGGAGGCCUCUUUCAAAACUGGCUGCUGCUUUAAAGAAUAGCUAUAUGGUAGCUACUUUGCAUUCAGUUCGGAAGUUUCCAGGAUCAGCAGGAUCAGAGCAAAAUGACCAAAAGAAGCUAAUUGGAAUGGCUCGUGCUACAUCGGAUCAUGCCUUCAAUGCUACAAUCUGGGAUGUCCUUGUUGAUCCUUCCUACCAGGGUCAGGGCCUCGGUAAGGCUCUUGUUGAGAAGCUUAUUAGGGCUCUUCUGCAAAGGGACAUUGGCAAUAUUACCCUCUUUGCGGAUAGUCAAGUUGUGGAGUUCUAUCGAAAUUUGGGUUUUGAACCUGAUCCAGAGGGAAUUAAGGGUAUGUUUUGGUACCCAAAAUAUUAAGUUUGGCUUCAACAUCAUCUCUCUGGGAAUCUCACACUGAUACAAGAAGUAUAUUAAAAAAAAAAAGUACAGAUGAUGAAAGAUUGGCUUCAACAAGGUAAGAGUUUAUUUUAGCAGUAGUUUGUCCAGCUAGUUCAGAGACUUCAACAAUUGUAAUUGCCUCGUGGAUUGUAAAUCUGACAAUUAUGCCAUUUGUAUUUUCUACAUGCAAUCAAAGUUUUACAAGUUUUUAUGCGAUGUAGAUGUAUUGAAUUGCAAAAAAUUAUGAUUGUAAGUCAUGUUAUCUUGCUUGACAAGACUUGUUAUCUUAGACUUUGUCAACCUCUUAGAUAUUAUUCAGAAGCAUAGCUUAAGGAGUAAAUUCAG